UGUAUACGAACGUGGGGGCCUUGUCAUGUUCGUGUUUUCAUCCGCUUUAGUUCCGCGCCGGGUGCCACGAUAGUUGCAUCGACGAGCGCGUGCGUGUUUUUUCAAAACGUAUAUUACAAACUCAGUAUACAACUGUCAUUUCAUCGAUAAACAGUUAAUACAAAUCAUACACAAAAAUUAUUUGGAUAAUUGAAAAUUAAAAAAUAUAUUAUCGAAUUUUAAUUAUAGAAAAUAAUUGCUAGUGCAAUUGUUGAACUUUUUGUGUAUUUUUUUUUUGAUUUUUUUUGUUAUUUAAUAUUGUUUUUGGAAAUAUUAUUUCAAUCAUUAAUUGUUUUGAUUUUUAUGGUUUAAAUUUUACAUGAAAAGACAAGUGAAUGCUACUUUGGACCAUUUUGUUCAAUAAAUUAUUUUUAAUUAAUAAAUUUGUGGCAAAGAUUUAUCAAAUAAAAAAAUCUUGAGUAUCAACAAUGUGUUGUGAAUGUGUUUACAGUGCAGUGGUUUAGUGUUUACUAUCUGAGUGAUUAUAAUAAUUUUAUGAUAAAUAAUAUUGAGUAAAAAAAAAAGAUAAACAAAACUCCCUAUUAUCGUGUUUGGUCAGUUGGAUAGAAAUACUUGCGAGAUAAGAAGACAGUCAGUGACAUUUUUGGAUACAAAAUGGACUCGAUUAUAGCUGAGGCGUGAUCCUCGAGGAUUUAAAUUUAAAAAAUUUAUUAAAUUCACAAAUUUCGUGAUUAAAAAUUCUUUUUUUUUUUUUUUUUUUUAAUUUUUUUAUUUAUUUAAAUACACAUAUUUAAAAAAAAAAAACAUUUCAAUAAUUUUUGGAAUUAAAUACAAAGGCUCUAGUCUCACGUGACACAAUCGUGAUUAUAUCAAUUUUUUAAAUUUUAAUAAUUGUACUGGAGCGCCUUCGUAGCGCACGGUAAAAAUCAAUAAAAAUUCUCGACAUAAUGGACAUGACCAGUGAGUCGAGCGCGGCCCGGUGGUAUGAACCACCGCGAACCAGUCUCGAGCCACCUUCUGGUAGUGGUAAUGGUGUUUCUGGAGUUGUUGGUAAUCCAGAUUACAGAGGUUACUAUCCACAUGCUGGACCAGCUCCUCAUCAUCCAGCAGCAGCUCACUAUGCACACAGUAGAAUGUCUGGUAGUGGAGUAUCAAGUGGACCAGUUGGACAAGUAUGUCGUCCACAUUUUCAUGGUUUACAUCCAUGGUUAACAAGUACAAGUGAUACAUCAAAAGCAUGGGGUUUUCCAUCAACAACAGCAUCUACAGGUGGUGGUGGUGGUGAAGAUAAACCACAAAGUCCACUUGGUUCAUCAUUAGCACCAACAAGUGGUAGUUUAUCAAAUCAUAAUGGUACAGCAAGUGGUGGUCAUCAUUUAUUUUCAUUUCCACCAACACCACCAAAAGAUGCAACGCCUGAUAGUAUAACAACUAGUACUAGUUCAACAAAUAAUAAUAAUAAUAAUAAUAGUAAUAAUAAUAAUAAUAAUUCAACAAGCAAUAAUAAUAAUAAUAGUAAUAGUACAAACAACAACAAUAAUAAUAAUAAUGGAAAUAGCAAUACACUUGGUUUGGGUGAUAGUAAUUAUCAAGUAGCAGUUGCACAUGCAGCAGCAAUGGCUGGUGCAUUUAUGCAUCAUCAAGAUACAUUGGGUGGUACAUCAAGUGGUUCAUGUGAUGUUAAACCAUCAUUAAUGCUUGGACAUCAUCAUGGUGCACCAUCACCACCACAUCAACAUCAAAAUAAUGGUGGUGGUAAUGGUGGUAAUGGUGGACAAGUUAAACAACGUGAAGGUAAUAAUCAAAAUGGAAAUACAACAAAUAAUAAUAAUUCAGUCAACAACAAUAAUCAAACAACAAACCAACAAGCGAACACCAAUCAGCAACAGCAACAGGAUUAUCAAAAUCCUGGUGGUACAACAUCACCCUCAUGCAGAGAUUCCUAUCAUCCUUCAUCCCAUCAUCAUCAUCAUCAUCAUUCAUCCUCUGGAUCACAGUAUGAUCCAACUGGAAGUGCCUAUAAUAUGUAUCAACAUCUACAAUAUCCAACUCAUCAUUCACAUAAUCCACAUAAUGGUACAUCAAUAUUUUCAAAUUCCCAUCAUUCAACAACUGGUGUACCUGGUAUUAGUCCUGAUUCAAAACUUCUUGGUUCCACGCAUGGCAACACCCCAAAUUCACCCGGUUCCCAACAACAGCAGCAGCAAAAACCAAGGAACAAAUCCAGAACGUCCGCCGAGGGUCGUGAGUGUGUCAAUUGUGGUGCAACAUCAACACCAUUAUGGAGAAGAGAUGGAACUGGUCAUUAUCUCUGCAAUGCUUGUGGACUUUACUACAAAAUGAAUGGACAAAAUAGACCGCUUAUUAAACCCAAAAGACGUCUGUCACUUCAAAGUGCAGCAAGAAGAGCAGGCACAAGUUGCGCAAAUUGUAAAACUGCAACGACGACGUUGUGGCGAAGAAAUCAGGCAGGUGAGCCUGUAUGCAACGCGUGCGGCCUUUAUUACAAACUUCACAACGUUAACCGACCAUUGACGAUGAAGAAGGAAGGAAUACAAACGAGAAAUCGUAAAUUAUCAUCAAAAAGUAAAAAGAAAAAAUCUGGUGGUUGUCUAGGUCUUGGUGGUGUUAUGGGUGACAUGAUCAAAGCAAGUAGCCAUUUGGAUAUGGACAACAAACCAUUUCACACUGGAUUUGGUUCACCAAUGGGCACAACACAGCAUCAUCAUGCAAUGCAUCCUGGACUACAGCAUUACAUGUAUCAUCCAGGUGUCGGUGUCACGGGUGGUCUACAUCAGGGUUUUGCACCACCAGCACCACCAUCAAUUCAUCCUCAUUCACAUCCACAUUCUCACUCACAUCACAUGUCAAGUCUAUCGAGUCUUCAACUUGCCUCAACGAAUGGCAUGGGCACUUGGCGAGGUGACUACACAUGAAUGAGUCCAAGUGAUUUUGAAACAGAAUUGUCGGCAGUAGCUCAGGACACAGCCCACCAUUUUCUGAUAUAUGCAUAAAUUUUUAUUUCUUUUUUUUAAUGCUCACUCAAUGGUAAUUCGUGUAAACAAUAUAAAACAAAAAAAACCACAUACACAAAAAAAAAGAAAAACUAUUUAUACAUAUAUUUAAAUAUAAAUCUUUUUAUUUAUAUAAAUAUAUAUUGGAUUGUACACAUAGUUAGAUAAAAAAAAAACCAGCAAGAUAUGAAAAAUAAGUUUAAAACUUUUUUUAAAUUGAUAUGCGGUUACUCAAUGUUUUUUGUUGUUUUACAUUAUUGAAUGAUUAUUAUUCUCUUAUUUAAAUAUUUAAAGUCUCAAAUGACACUUGUCAAGUGUUGAUAAAAAAAAAAAAAAAAUUAUAUAUUAUACAGAGAAUUAUUAAUAUUAUAUAUUAAAAUUAUUAUAAUGUGUAAUCGUGCGGAUGAAUUCCUUGUAAAUAUGUAAAGUAUAUAAUUAACCGAAGGGUUAAAAAUAAACCCCCGGCCCCAAGUACAAAACGAAGUCAGCUACUAUCUUUAUCGAGUCGUUAUGUUACUGUAAAUAAGAAAAAAAAAAAAAAAAAUUAUUAAAAUAAAUUAUCAUGUGAUGUAAGGUAUAUGAAAAGAAAAAAAAAUUUAAUUUUUUUUUAAUUUUUAAGGGUAUGAAACCCAAAAAAUGACAUUUUUAAAAAAUAUAAUUUUUUUUCUUUUUUUACCUCGUCGCAACACAUAACUUUAGAUUCGUAUAAAUGUAGAAAAAAUAAAAAAAUAAAUAUUCCGUCGUUUGCGUACAAAUACGAGACACGAAGAAUUAUAGAAAAAAGUCCUCCCGCCCUUUUCUCUUUCUACUUUUUAUCUCUCUUUCUCUCUUUAUCGAUGAUUAUCGUGCAAUUUAAGGUAACGAGCAAAGAUUUUAUCGGCACUAUGCGACGGCUGCUCAACUCGCGUUGUAUCUUUUUUUAUUUAUUCAUGUUUUUUUUAUUUUAUUUUUUUAUUAUCUUUAUUUAUUUAUUAUUAUUAUUUUGUUUUUUCUCGUCUUGGUUUCUCUCCACCCUUGUUUCUUCUUGAUGAAAAACAUGAAAAAAAAAAAGCAGCAGCAGCAACAAUGAAGUUUUUAUUUUAAAAAUAUAUUGCAAGAUAUAUAUUAAAUACAUAAACAAUUGAAACAUUAAAUGCAGAUUAAUUGGAAGAAUAAAUGAAAUGAAAAAAAAAUUUUUUUAAAUGAUUUUAAUAGAGUUUUAUAAGCAGGGCAGUUGUUCGCUUGGUGCUUUACCUCUUCGUGUGUUUUACCGGCUAGCAAAUAUAGAAAAUAAAAAAAUUUAUAAAUUAUAUAUCAGUUAUCUUGAGUGGUCAUCGGAUACUUUGGUCAUUUCUUAAUGUUAAAAUAUUAAAAAUUAAAAUGUUUUUUAGUCAAAAAAAUGCAUGAAAUCCCGUCAGAAAAAAAUCAU